CUCCCUCGCUAAAACCACUAUAUAGUAUAUGAAUCGCUCUGCCCCCACUUCUUGGCUUUCCCCGUUAACAUUCGUCGUACACAGUAAAACCCCGCGGGCUUCCCUUCAAAGAGUUUUGGAAGAUCGAAGAGCUGGGAUUAGGAUUACAAGAAGCACAGGCGGGCAUAUAGAAUCCGUGAUCCUGUGAGCCAUGAAUGCCAGAAGAGACUACCGUAACAAUAGAGCUGCUCUUUUUGAUGGAAUCGAGGAGGGUGGCAUCAGAGCCUCAGCUUCUUACUCCUCUCAUGAAAUUGAUGAGCAUGAUAAUGAAAGAGCAGUAGAUGGAUUGCAAGAUAGAGUCAUUUUGCUGAAGAGAUUGUCAGGUGAUAUAAAUGAGGAGGUGGACAGUCAUAAUCGCAUGCUGGACAGAAUGGGUAACGAUAUGGAUUCAUCAAGGGGAGUCUUGUCAGGAACCAUGGAUCGUUUCAAGAUGGUAUUCGAGACCAAGUCAAGCCGGAGAGUGUUUACACUUGUGGCAUCAUUUGUUGUGAUUUUCCUUGUCAUAUACUAUCUCACUAGGUAAUCAAUCUUUGAUGUAUUUGAUGCCAGCUUCUUACCUUUAUGCUAGACUGGGAAGACUCGUUUUCACUACAUUACUGUACUCAAUGUUACUCACCGCCUGUAGGGUAUUUGCAUGUCAUAGUAAAGAUUCCUCCAUGUAUUGAAUAGUUGUUGAACCCAUGGCAUGGUUGCCCGUUAAUAUGCCGUUUGCAUCACAA